AAAAGACCAAAAUGUUGCUAUAAAUACACACACUGAGACCACUACUCCAUCAUCAGUUCAUCACAUCCAGCUCAAAUGCCUUCUUCUCCCAUCAUUUUCUCCCUCCUUUUCCUCUCCAUCUUCUCACUCUCAUCUGCUCAGCCGUCAUUCCGACCAAAAGCUCUCCUUCUCCCUGUCACAAAGGACAAAACAACCCUCCAAUACACAACCGUUAUCAACCAACGCACUCCCCUCGUCGCCGCCUCAGUCGUCUUCGACCUCGGUGGCCGUAACCUCUGGGUAGACUGCGACAAAGAUUACGUCUCCACCACCUACCGCUCCCCACGCUGCAACUCCGCCGUGUGCUCACGCGCCGAAUCCACAGGCUGCGGCGAAUGCUACUCUCCUCCGAGACCUGGCUGUAGCAACAACACUUGCAGCUCGAUCCCAGACAACACCGUCACCGGAACCGCCACCUCCGGCGAGUUUGCUACAGACGUUGUGUCGAUUCAGUCAACCGACGGCGUCAACCCGGGUCGGGUCGUUAAAAUCCCCAACGUGAUAUUCGGAUGCGGGGCAACGUUUCUGCUUAAAGGACUCGCUACCGGAACCGUUGGUAUGGCUGGUAUGGGACGCCACAACAUCGGUUUACCUUCGCAGUUCGCUGCAGCGUUUAGUUUCAAACGGAAGUUCGCAGUGUGUUUAACUUCGGGAAGAGGCGUCGCCUUCUUCGGUGACGUGCCUUACAUUUUCCUCCCUGGAAUAUUGAUCUGGAGGCUUAAAACGACGCCGCUUCUCAUUAACCCGGUGAGCACGGCUUCUGCGUAUUCAGAAGGCGAGAAAUCCACUGAGUAUUUUAUAGGCGUCACUGACAUUAAAGUACUCGAGAAAUCAGUUUCGUUCAACAAGACGCUUCUCAAGAUCGACGCGAUUACUGGAUACGGAGGAACCAAGAUCAGCACGGUGGAUCCGUACACCGUGAUGGAGACAACGAUCUUCAACGCAGUCACAUCGGCUUUUGUUAAAGCAGCUGCCUUGAGGAACAUCACUCGAGUGCGGUCGGUGAAGCCGUUCGGCGCAUGUUUUAGCACGGAGAACGUGUCUGUAACGCGUGUGGGAUACAACGUGCCGGAUAUCCAGCUCGUGCUUCAGAGCAACGACGUCGUUUGGAGGAUCUUGGGAGCUAACUCUAUGGUGAGUGUUAGCCGUGAUGUCAUUUGUUUGGGUUUCGUUGACGGAGGAGUCAACGCGAGAACCUCUGUGGUGAUUGGAGGGUUACAACUGGAAGAUAACUUGGUCGAGUUUGAUUUGGCGAGUAACAGAUUGGGCUUUAGUUCCUCGUUGUUGGGCCUUCAAACUAACUGUGCCAAUUUCAACUUCACUCCAACUGCAUCUGCGGCAAGAUAUGUUAUGUAAGGGGGCGAUGAAUGAUUUUAAUAUCUUGAUUCGAAUAAAGGAAUAUUGUUUUUGUUUCUCAGUGAUUUCAAUAAAAUUUUGAAUAAUGGAAUAUUGUUGUUGUUUCUCUGUGCUUUCAAUAAAAUUUUC